CAAAAAUAACACCUCCUCUUGUUCAGCACCCAAAGUCGAAGGAUAGCUCUGGCCUUUCAAUUCAAGAAAGUGCUAGAUUUGUGAGUGUUGUAUGAUAUAACGAAUUCUCAGUGUCCAUAUUUGUUUUGGAACGAUCGGAAUAAUCUUCGUUUUAUGGGAGAGACAGAACUGGCGUCAAACAUGCGUAAAAUUCAACGCUGUCCAAGCAGGGAACCACCGAGAAAGGAAUUAUCGCCGCUCAUCUGAGGCCAAUCUCGAUUAUUUUUGUCAAAUAAGGAAACAUAACAUAGCUAGCUAGCUAACGUUAGCUCCGUAGAUAGCUAGGUUACCGACAUAUCUUCACACAAAAGCAGAAUCCAGCAGAUAAUCAAGAUUGGAUCUACAUUCGCAACAGCAGGAAAACCUGUAGGCAGCAAUGGGUGCAUUCCUGGACAAGCCGAAGACGGAGAAGCAUAGUGCCCACGGUGAGGGCAAUGGGCUGCGCUAUGGCCUGAGCUCCAUGCAGGGCUGGCGGGUGGAGAUGGAGGACGCUCACACAGCUGUGGUGGGCCUCCCCCAUGGACUCACCGACUGGUCCUUCUUUGCUGUCUACGAUGGCCAUGCAGGCUCCCGGGUGGCCAACUACUGCUCCGGCCACUUGCUGGAACACAUCUUGUCAGAAGACUUCAGUUCAGGAUCUGCCUCUGUGGAGGGUGUGAAGGACGGCAUCCGCUCGGGCUUCCUAACAAUUGACGAGUACAUGCGCAGCUUCUCUGACCUGCGGCAGGGCCUGGACCGCAGUGGAUCAACAGCCGUGUGCGUGUUGCUCAGCCCGACCCACCUCUACUUCAUUAACUGCGGCGACUCGAGGGCCGUGCUGAGUCGAGACACCAAGGUGGGCUUCUCUACCCAGGACCACAAGCCCUGCAACCCCCGUGAAAAGGAGCGCAUCCAGAACGCUGGCGGCUCAGUCAUGAUCCAGAGGGUAAACGGCUCCCUGGCUGUGUCCCGGGCCCUGGGGGACUACGACUACAAAUGUGUGCAUGGUAAGGGCCCCACGGAGCAGCUGGUGAGCCCUGAGCCCGAGGUAUGUGUGUUGGAGCGGGCGGCCGAAGGAGAUGAGUUUGUGGUGCUGGCAUGUGAUGGAAUCUGGGAUGUCAUGUCCAACGAGGAGCUGUGUGAAUUUGUCCGCUCACGACUCCUGGUGUGUGAUGACCUGGAAAAGGUCUGUAACUCAGUGGUGGACACCUGUCUGCAUAAGGGGAGCAGGGACAAUAUGAGUGUGGUGGUGGUGUGUUUACCCGGAGCUCCCAAGAUAUCAGAGGAGGCUGUGAAGAAAGAAGAGGAAUUGGAUAAGUACCUGGAGACCCGUGUUGAGGAGCUACUGGGGAACUGUGGGGAGGCGGGAGUCCCUGACCUGGUGUCUGUCCUGAGGAGCAUUGCCACAGAGAACAUCCCCAACCUUCCACCUGGCGGAGGCCUGGCCAGCAAACGGAGUGUGAUCGAGGCGGUGUACAACAAGCUGAACCCUCACAGAGAAGAGGAAGGGGCCUGUGCGGGGGGAGAGGAGGAGAGUGAGGAGGGAGGUGGCAGCACGGCGGCUCAUCUGCUGGAGGCUCUGCGGCAGUUCCGCCUGCACCACCGGGGGCAGUACCACUCGGUGCUGGAGGAGUCCCUGGCCGCCUACCACCUGCGGGGGGAGAGCACUGCGGAUGGAGCAGGGGAAGGCAGGAGGACCUCCGAUGACGACAGUGAUGGCCAGCAGCAGCCCGCCUCCCCUCCCUCUCCCCCCUCGCCCCCGCCCUCACCCGCCACUGCAAAGCCGGAGGCCAGCAAAGAUGCGCCCGCCCCUGAGUCCGAUCCCUCCUCUGACUGAGCACCCCAUCUGCAUACCUACCUUCCCCCCCCCCCGACCCCAAAGCUCUAGUCCAAAGUGCUUUGAUCUCUCCUCCUCUUUCCUUUGUCACAGAACUUGAAUGGACACAUCGGCCACUUCUGGCUCUAUCAUGGGCUGCAAAUUCAGCUGCCAUUGCCAUUCAUGAAUAUUUUAGUAAUGUAAAUUAAAAUGGCCCCUCUGUCUAUUCAAGUUCUGUCUCUGAGCCACAUAUAUACCUUCCUCCUUUCUUUUGUUUCCCCUGUCCUUUGAUCACCUCAGCUUGGAUUCCCAAACUUGUCAGCCACUUUUACAACCUGAUCACACAGACUGAUGUUUACCAUUUUAAAAAAAAAAACAAAAAAAAAUUAUUAUUACGUUCAAAAGUGGCUGGUGAAGUAAAAAUAGACCUUGCACUCCAUGGCCUACAUUUACCAUUAUUGGCUUCUGGCUGAUUUCCCACUUGGACCCCCCCCCCCCCCCCCACACACACACACACACGCACACACACGCACGCACACGCACACACGCACACACCUGCUUACAGUGGACGACCUGACAAAGAAAAGGAGAGGAGACCCUCUGAACUGCAGCUGUGUUCAACACACUGCUCUCCAGGCCUACUCCAUCUACAGACUCGGAACACAUUCUUUUGCGUUGAUGUAUGUAUGUGUGUCUGCAUGAGUUUGGGUGACGGUGAAAGAGAACAAUCAUCACUACUGAAAUUUGUGUUUUUGGUAGUGGGUGAUACUUGAUUGUGAUUGUUAGCUCAUUCAGCGAUGUUAGGUUGUCCAAACCAGUCUGGGUACUAAAAAACUGGGCAAUUUAACCACAGAGGGACACUUGUGUAGGUGGGUUUGUGGCUGUAUACUUGUAGUUUGAGCGGCAUUUCGUUUAAAUUGCUCCCUCACCACACCUCACCAUAUGCCGAAUUCCACAUCACCACAUUUUAGUACGCUGCCUCACAGUCACCAACAAUAGGUUCACGUUUGUUCUUGGUUGUUAUUCAGGUGGUUGUGAAUGUGUCUGUAGCACUCAAGUAUACUAGUACCAGGUGCAGAAGGGGCCAUGCUAGCAACGUGUUUAAAUUAAAAUAAGACUAAAAGUCUAUAGCCACGCUAGCAACCUUGUAAGGCUGUAAUGCACUUUACACACCAGAAAUCAAAAUUAUUGGAUGGAUGAAAAAUGGAGAGAAACCUUCACUAUGGUUGCGCCAGAUGAAAAGGCAUAUAGUUUCCAAAAUCAAAAGGGUUUAUCGUUUGUACUGUUUUUUUUUCUUCUUAGACAUAUAGUAUUGUUCUCUACAUUGUGUGAGGUGGCUCAACUUUUGUAUUAGCUGUGUCAGCUUUGUCAGUGUUAGCUGUAAACUGUUAGCAAAUCACAGAUACUGUUCCAUAGAGAUGGUUCCAUAAAAAGCUCAGGGAAGUGGCUGUGCUCUACUCUUUAACCCUGGUUGGGCGGUUAAACAGACAUAUGUUUGCCAAAACAACCAGAUAGUCGUCAUUCAUGAGGUCUUUUCUCUUGUUAAACCCUUCCGAUAUAGCAAAAAUCAAUCAUUUUCGGGUGAGCAAUGGACUCAUUGUUGCCCCUUGUGGCCGUUGGGAGAAAAACACCCACUACAACUUGAGGCAGUAGUGGGCAGCCCAUUGCAGCUUUGCGCACAACAAUGAAAACUGACUUGGAAAAGCAACACAAAUGUAAGAUUUAUCCUUCAUCAGAAGCUUUUUUUAUUAUCGCAAAAAAAAAGACUAACUGGAUAAAUGCCCAUGUGCGCGUCAACAGCUUUUGGAUUUUAAAUGUAAUUGAAGACUUGUCAGCAUGAUAACGCUAUGCAGUCCUUAGCAUUCAUCUCAAAGCAAAGCUGAGGUUAAGUGCUGCUAUUUUGACGAAGUAAAUCUUAGACAAAUAUAAGUUGAGCAAAGUCAAACUGUGUAGAGCUGAAGCUGAGAAGAUUAAAUAAAAGAAAUCACUGUAAAUAUGAUUAAUGGUCUUGCUUUAGGUAACAAUAUGGCCUUCCUUUAGCAGACACCCUCAGUUUAAGUUUUUUUCAAACAUACGGCCGGCAUUACAUCCCUAAAGUCAUACUGCUAGCGUGGCUUAAAAGAUCAUAGCAUUGAAUCCACUGUAGGCAUUCAACGUCCAACGUUAAGCACCUCUACAAUCGUUUAUACCUGGACAACAGUGGGUUUUAUGUGAGAUGGUUGUGUAUCUGUAAUCAGUUCCCACUGCUCAUGCCGACAGUCGCUGGUAUUAACCGUGGCAGGAUGUGUUUCAGCUUGAUAAAAUCCCACACACAGUAUAUUUCAUUCCUCACAGGUUAUGACAUUGUCUGUUCAAAACAACACAAUCUGAAACUCUUGCCUCAUUGUGAAAGUUUAAUUCGAACAGACUGAACCUACAGUGCUCAUUCUUCUCUGAAAGCAGGUAGAGGGAUUUUAUUGUAAGUCUGUAUAAAGCCCAGUACCCAGUGACCCUGGUAAUGCAUGCACUGCACUUAUCAUUUCAAUAUCUAAGGCACUUGACUAUCAGAGGGGAGGUUAUGCUCAACACUGCGUAUGUAUGUAUGUUUGUUUGUGUAUGUAUGAGUUGUAUUUGUAUGCGAUUACAUGGGCCAAAUUAGUCCCACACAGUUAAUAUGACAAAUGAACAAAUAAAAAUGAUUUGAGGUAUAAUGCUA